GGAAGAAGGCCCCUUGUCCCCGCCUGGGGGAUAUCUUGCGUAGGUUCGCCAGGUUCUUCGGCUUGUUAUUUAGGGACACAGUGCUCAUCUCCCCCGCACGGGCCCGGAUCUGCUCCCUCAUGGCUGAGGUGAAGGUGAAGGUGCAGCCGCCCGACGCGGAUCCGGUCGAAAUAGAAAACAGGAUUAUAGAAUUAUGUCACCAGUUCCCUCAUGGGAUCACAGACCAAGUAAUUCAGAAUGAAAUGCCUCAUAUAGAAGCCCAGCAGCGGGCAGUGGCCAUCAAUAGACUGUUGUCCAUGGGUCAGUUGGAUCUCUUACGGAGCAAUACGGGCCUUUUGUAUAGAAUAAAAGACUCCCAGAAUGCUGGUAAAAUGAAAGGAUCAGAUAACCAAGAAAAACUAGUAUAUCAAAUCAUAGAGGAUGCAGGAAAUAAAGGUAUAUGGAGCAGAGAUAUCCGAUACAAAAGUAACUUGCCACUAACAGAAAUCAACAAAAUUCUAAAGAAUUUGGAAAGCAAAAAGCUUAUCAAAGCUGUUAAAUCUGUGGCAGCCUCAAAAAAGAAGGUGUAUAUGCUGUAUAACCUGCAGCCAGACCGGUCUGUGACAGGUGGAGCCUGGUACAGUGACCAGGAUUUUGAAUCUGAAUUUGUAGAAGUGCUUAACCAACAGUGUUUUAAAUUCCUACAAACCAAGGCAGAAACAGCACGAGAAAGCAAACAGAAUCCGAUGAUACAAAGAAAUAGUUCAUUCGCUUCAUCACAUGAAGUGUGGAAGUACAUCUGUGAAUUGGGGAUCAGUAAGGUAGAGUUGUCCAUGGAGGACAUUGAAACCAUCUUGAACACACUCAUUUAUGAUGGGAAGGUGGAGAUGACCAUCAUUGCUGCAAAAGAAGGCACAGUUGGCAGUGUAGAUGGACACAUGAAACUGUAUAGGGCAGUCAGUGCAAUCAUACCACCCACAGGUUUGGUCCGGGCCCCCUGUGGACUCUGCCCGGUUUUUGACGACUGCCAUGAGGGUGGUGAGAUUUCACCAUCUAACUGUAUUUACAUGACAGAGUGGCUCGGAUUUUAAUAAACUUUACUGACAUUCUGCAAAUAAA